AUGAAAAUCAUCUUGCUGUUCGUAUCCAGCUUUUGGUUGACGUGUGACGCUAAUGAUAAAUUGCAUAAAAUCGUCACACACGUCAACAACGCCAACAACGUGACAUGGCAGGCCGGAAUAAACAGUUUUCAUACAAACGACCACAAGAAGUUGGUGGGAACUUUUUACCAUCCCGAGUGGAUCGGUCUGGAGCACGAGACAUUCGAUGGGGUUCCAGUCAAGGGUGGCGAUUGUGACAAGGACAACGAAGACGAUGGCGGAGAAGCAAACGUAACUCCUGAAACUUUCGAUGCCCGAUACCAUUGGUUCAAUUGCACUUCCAUCUCGCACAUCUGGAAUCAAGGCAACUGUGCGGCCGAUUGGGCGAUUUCUGUGACAUCGGCGAUGAACGAUCGCAUAUGUAUCGCAUCCCAGGGUAACAUCACUGCACUUUAUUCGCCGCAAAAACUAGUUUCCUGUUGCGACGACUGUGGUAACGGAUGCAGCGGAGGAUAUACUGCAGCCGCGUGGAGAUAUAUACUAAGAAAAGGAAUCGUUACUGGUGGCGACUACGGGAGCAACGAGGGCUGUCAACCGUGGCUUGUGCAGCCGUGCAACGCAUCCACGACGGCCGCCGAUCCAAGUACGGUGCUCGGUCCACACGGCAUGUGCGGUGGCGACCCGGCAACCACUCCGAAAUGUGAUCUGAGCUGCUACAACGCACGAUACGAGGGAAAAUACUUGGACGACAUCAUCAAAGCCAAGAAAGUUUUUACGUUCGACGGGUGCUCAGCGAGGAAAAACCUGAGGAAACACGGCCCAUACGUAGUCACGAUGCGAGUCUACGAAGAUUUUCUCACUUACAAAUCUGGUGUUUACCAUCAUGUCACCGGUGAUUAUUUGGGGCUGUUGUCGGUUCGGAUGAUCGGAUGGGGUCUGGAAGGAGUACACGCGUACUGGUUGUUAGCUAAUUCAUGGGGAACUUCUUGGGGUGACAAAGGAUUUUUCAAAAUCAGGCGCUUCGUAAACGAAUGUUGGAUUGAGAAUUUCAGAUACGCCGGCGUACCAAAAUUGUGA